UCCUGAAAUUAUAGAUGAUUUGGUGACGAGCUGAGCUUGCAAUGCAGGCAAUAAAAACCGUGGAAAAAGAAGUGACUUUUAUAAAGGAAACACUUUUCACAGAAUCCUUCCUAAAGAAACAAGAGUGCAGCAGAAGCCCGGAGAGCAGGCAACUCUGUGAACAGCAGCCAUUGGAAGGAGCUGUCUGCAGCUCUCAGUGCUGUACUGAGCAUGUCCCAGCGGAGCCCAGUGCAAGCAGCACAUUAUGCAAAAAGGCAGAUCUAGCAGAUGGGAGAGAGGCACAGCAAGCAUUUGCUUCACUUGCACCACCACCGCUUGAAAACAAACCUGGAUCACUAGAGAGGAUCUCGCCGGCAGGCCAAAGGAAUGAAAUCCAGGAGCAUGGCUUGAUUGCUGAAUGUGUUGCACUGCGAAAAAUCAUGGGGAAUCAGGAUGGGAAGCUAAAGAAAAACGCAGGUGAUGUGCACGAAGGAGGAGAGGAUGCCUCUGGGCCCAAGGAUACAGAUGGCACAAAGAAGGUAUCGGGAAGCAGAAGGGGACUGGGGAAACAUGCAAAAGGAAGUGAAUCCGGUAAGAAGAAGGGUAAGUCAGAUUCGAGGGCGUCGGUGUUUUCAAAUCUGAGGAUAAGAAAAAAUCUGUCCAAGGCUAAAGACGGGAAUAGCAGUUCACGGGAGGAUGUUUUGGAAAGCCAGGCCUUGCAGGCUGGAGAGCUGGACAGUACUCAUUCAAUUCUUACCAAAACUCCAGAUAUAAGCAUCUCUGCAGAUGAAGGGGGUCUCUCGGACACAGAUGUUGAACAUUUUGAAAUCAGAAAUGAAACUGUCCCAGCUGCUGCCGAGACACAGGAUGGACAAAGGACCAGCUCUGGCUCUGAUACAGAUAUAUACAGUUUCCAUUCAGCCACAGAACAAGAGGAUUUGCUUUCUGAUAUCCAGCAAGCUAUUAGACUGCAGCAGCAGCAGCAGCAGGGGGCAAUUAACAUUGGAACUGAGGACCUUGUCACCAAAACAAUGGGCCGGCACAUGGCUAAUUCGCAGGCAGCCCCCUUAGAUUUUGAACGAUUUCUUUCAGUAACUACCACUGACAAAGAGAGGAGCCCAGACACUGAGGGGCCUUUCCCAGCGAUAUCUGAAAUUGCAGAAAAUGUUCCCAUCUCCUGUGCAACUGAACGUGAACUGAAAGAAGCAGUAAAUGGCACAGGCUCUCCUGGUAACGGCUUAUUUGAAACACAAGAACGUAAGCUAUUGAUUGAGGAACAGGAGCAGCUCAUUUCUGGAGUGAAUGCUGUAGCUAGUGAACCAGAAGAUAAUUUUAAUAGAACUGUGGUGGAAAACAGGUCUCAGACACACAGCUCUGCACAACCUUUUUCAACCUUGGUAGCAGAUGCUGAGACUAAAACUGCUGAAGUGCAGGCUGUUGAUUUGCAGGGGUCAGUAACAGAGGACGGUAUUUCAGAUGCAGGCCGUGAUCAUGCUGCUGAGACUCAGGAAGGGAAACACACUCUGUCAUCCAGUCAAGAGGACCUGCAUAAUGGUUUACCCACGGAAACGAAAAAUGGCAUUUUGUCCUCCGAGGGGACAGCAGGCAGUCCGAUGCUUGGUUCCCGAUGCUUUAAGCCCUAUCUAAUUAAUCCUUGUUACAUCAAAACCACAACUAGGCAACUGAGUUCUCCCAACCAUUCACCUUCACCCUCCCCAUCCCAGAGUCCACUUCUUACAAGGAAGCAGGAGUCCUUCCACAAAAAAGAAAAAGUCUCAAUCAAGAAGCAGAGGUCUGCUAGUUUGGCAGGUUUAUUUAGUCGUUCUGCAGACUGGACAGAAGAGGUAUCUAAUCACAAAUGCGAGAUAACGCAGAAGGUGGGCUCUGCAGGGUACUUGGAGCACAAGGGGUUUAGAGAGAAAUUUCAAACGGAAAGAGUGCCUUUGACUCAUUCAAGAAAGUCCUCAGGGGUGCAGGCUUCUGCAGAGACAUUCCCCAAUGUCUUUUCAGGUCGAACUCUGCUGGAAAAGCUUUUCAGCCAGCAGGAAAAUGCACCACAAGAAGAAGCAGAAAAGCUAUGUUCUCGCAUUAUUGCAAUGGGUCUUUUGCUUCCAUUCACCGACUGCUUCAGAGAACCAUGUAAUCAGAGUGCCCAGCAAAGCACACCCACAUUUGAUCAAGACCAGCUUUAUACUUGGGCUGCAGUUAGCCAACCCACACAUUCAUUGGAUUACGUUGAAGGAAGCUUUCCAAGGAGAAUUUCUUCUGUGUGGCCCCCACCCAAACCUCCAGAUGAAGAACAAAAACUCAAAAGUACGGAAGAAGAAUUGAAAUCUGCUGUCCUAGAAACAGACAAACAAUGCAUAGAAGAUGUUCAGCGAGUACAG